AUGGCGACUGUGGAAGAAAUUCUCUCUGCGAAGCUAACGCUAGAGGAGCUGAAGGAGAAGUUGGCGAAUAAUGAUGAAAGUAAGAGUGCUAUUAGUGGGCAAAUCCAGUUGGUGAAGCAUAAUGUGUUACCGCUUAGGCUUUCAUUCAAUGACUUCCUGAAAACCAUGUCUCAAAUUGAACACCUUAAUGACAAAUCACCACAGGAAAAGUUCCUACUGAUACGAGCGAAAGUUCUUGAACUGUACGGCAAGUUAAAAGAAUUGGUGAGAGAUUUCCAAAAGUUGAUGCCACUUUUGGAUACGAUGGCUGUUUUUUCAGAAAGUAAUGAACAAAAGUUUUACCCCCUUGAGACUCUCAAUCUCCUACCAGAUCCUAUUAAAUCGACUGCUUCGCCUUCCUAUAAAAAGGCAGUUAACAAAUCCAAUGCUGAGACCCCGAGCAGCAACGCUGCCACACCGUCCGCGGCCCUUUCUUCCAACAACGUUGUGCUUGUUGGACCGCAAGCUAAAAACCAACGGAGGCCUCGCACAAAUAACAAAAGGCAACCCUCAGGUACUGCCAGCGCUGCUCCAAGCGCUGGCAGUGCAGGCAGCGCACCGAUCUCUGGUGCCACGCCUAUGAUGAUAUCUGGUGUGUCCCCGCUAAACAUGGUAGCUAGUCCUCUCAAUGGUAUCUCUCCCAACAGAAAACCUCAGCAGCCUCAUCACCAGACAACCCCUACUGCAGCAACUCUGUCAAUUCACUCUUCUCAGCAGAAACAAAUUGCCAUGCAGGGAAAAGGCACCCCAAGUAAAACCCCAGUCCUCAGCGCCGCAAACCUAACUCCUCAAAGCAUCUUGACCAUGUCCGCUUUCGAAAAUAACGCAAACUCUAUACCAACCUCCACACUUUCCAUUAACAGUGGGCCUAACCAAGCCACAAUGGGAUUUUCGGCUGACCUGGAUAACCUUGAUCUAAAUGCCCUUGAAUUGGGCUCACUUAAUAUGGAUUUACUGGGAUAA